AUGGUUCCGGGGACAAUGAUCCCCGCUGGGCCAGGCAGCAAACUCCCUGGAGCUGGGGGACCACGCCUUCUGUCCAAUAGCGGCAGGUCUUUCAAACAGCCCGAGGCGAGCCUGGCUGGUCCUGAGUCAUCUCUGCACGUGUUUGUCCGCGCUUACUUUGCUGCCGGUAGCGUUCCUGGAAACAGUUCGGGGUACACCUCGGGAUGCUGGAGGAAGUUAAGAGCUAAGGCAGAACGGUCGGAGAAAGCAGUCACUUUUGAAGUGACUUUGCAGCUGUGGCUGGUGCCAGCGGGGUGCGCCGGGGGAAGUGGGCUGGCGCCCGAGGUCCACGCAGGUGCGGCUCCGGGGCCCCGGCACCGCACGUGGGCGCAGCGCGCUUCCCAGGCCGCCUGGGUGGGCACCUCCCUGGCCAGCUCAGCCUUCCGCCCGCCGGGAUGCGCCCCCUCCGCGCUGUGCUGGGACUGCUGCUCCUGGGGGUGCUGGGAGCCUUCCCGCAGGAUCGAGUUCCGAGGGACGUCUAUGCUGGAGACCCUGGCCACCAUCACAAAACUGCCGGUAGGUGCUGUUACUGCUGCCCCGUGGGUGAGUGGGGGUACUGGGGACAAGGGGGGAUUUUUGUCCUCAAGUUAUAAAAUUCCAGGGGGAAUUGGCGAGUGGCAAGAUGGGAGCCCACAUUGCCCUGUUGGCUAUAGGUUCCUGAAGAAGCCCUUUGUGGUCCUCAUGUUUUUCAGCCCAGAAUGUGUGUUUAUCCCCCGGGCCCCCUGA